GGACCGUAAGAAGGUAAAUCAAUCUAUAGUGCUCAUAGCUGACCAGCUCAAAUCAAGAAUGAUGAGAUUCAAACGCGUGACCUUGUGGUUACAAGUUUGUAUCUUUCACUAACUUGAUUGGGGUUAUCUUUCUUAUCCCCUCUAGGUACUCAUAUUUGAGUGUAUAUAAGUAGGUUGUGUGACACUUGAUAAACCAUCAAAAAUUAAAGAGCAAACCAUGAAGAAGACUAACCUCUUCUUGACACUAUUCCUUGCUGUUUUCUCUUUGGGAGUGGUAGCCCAAGGGCUGAACAACCCAAAAUGCAAGGCUCAAGAAAAGGGAUCCACCCUGCAAGUCCUCCAUGUUUACAGCCCUUGCUCACCAUUCAGGCCACCUAAAUCUUCACUCUCAUGGGAGGACACCGUGCUCCAAAUGCAGACCAAGGACGAGGCGCGGCUGCUGUACCUGGACAGCCUCGUCGCCAAAAAAUCCGUUGUGCCGAUAGCCUCCGCCCGGCAGAUUACCCAGAGCCCGACGUACAUUGUCAGGGCUAACAUCGGAACGCCGCCGCAGACCUUGCUGUUGGCCAUGGAUACUAGCAAUGAUGCUGCCUGGGUUCCUUGCUCUGGCUGCGUUGGCUGCCCUUCUUCUUCAGCCUUCUUUGAUCAGUCCAAAUCCACCACUUUCCAGGAUGUUGCCUGUGGAGCUCCUCAGUGCAGCCAGGUGCCGAACCCCGCGUGUGAAGGUAACGUGUGUGGAUUCAACCUCACCUACGGCGGUUCCACUAUAGCGGCGAACCUCUCGCAAGACACGGUGACCUUCGCCGCCGACUCCGUCGCCGGAUACACUUUCGGCUGCAUUCUAAGGGCCACCGGAAGCUCAGUACCACCGCAGGGUCUGUUGGGCCUCGGCCGCGGUCCAUUAUCGCUACUGUCCCAAACCCAAAGCCUCUACCAGUCCACAUUCUCAUACUGCCUGCCGAAUUACAAGUCUCCAAACUUCACCGGUUCGCUGCGACUCGGCCCGGUCGGCCAGCCCAAGCGCAUUAAGUUCACCCCGUUGCUCAAAAACCCUCGCCGGCCGUCGUUGUACUACGUCAACUUGAUCGGAAUUAAAGUCGGCCGGGGACUAGUUAACAUCCCUCCGGGUUCCUUCACCUUUGAUCCGGCCACCGGCGCAGGGACCAUCAUUGAUUCCGGCACGGUGUUCACGCGGCUUGUCCAGCCGGCGUACGAAGCGGUCCGAGACGAAUUCCGGCGGCGGAUGGGGCCGAACGCGACGGUGUCGUCAUUGGGCGGGUUCGACACGUGUUACACCGUCCCGGUAACGAUACCGAGCUUAACGUUCAUGUUCGCCGGGAUGAACGUGACGCUGCCGCCGGACAACUUCCUCAUCCACAGCUCCUCCGGCAGCACCACCUGCCUGGCCAUGUCCGGCGCCCCCGCCCUCAACGUCAUCGCCAACCUGCAGCAGCAGAACCACCGCAUCCUGUUCGACAUCCCAAACUCCAGGCUAGGCGUUGCCCGCGAACCUUGCAGCUAGAAUUCCGGCCCGUUCUUCAAUCAAUUUACUAAUUAAUAAUUAUCUAUAGUUAAUUAGUGAUUAAUUAGCGGGCAAUUAGUUGAGGAAACCUAUGAUCUUCGGUAUGCAGUUCUUGGUCUUUUUGCGGUACACCUCUUUUGAGUGAGAUAGAUGACUUGGAGAUUUAAGGUUGUUUCAUACUCAAAGUCAAGGAUCGAAUCACUAACCUUUGAUUAAGGAUGAAUGAGUCUCUUUCACUCAAUCACGCUAUCAAGGUUAUAAUCUUCAGUGUGUGAUUACUAGUUGCUGGUCGACUGACCAAGAAAAUUAGUAGUUUUCAGUGUUUGAUUUCUAAUUAUUGGUCUAUGGAUAGAAAAAAUUUGUAACAUUUUUAGUGUGUGAUUGCUAAUUGAUUGGUCGAUAAAACUUAUGAUCGGACCAAAAAUUAGCGAGGUGGUCACGGGCGCAAAAGAGCGUUGUGUCCCCUAUGAUGUGUUAUUGUUUUUUGGGAUUUUUUUUUUCUUGUCUUUUUGUUUGAUUGAUGAUAAUUCUGAUUUCUUGUCAAAUGUAUGUGUGAAUGUGUGAGGAAUUGUGGGGUUUUUGUUGGGUUUUGUCUGCUGCCAUUGAUCCAAUAGCGCUGAUUAAGGUACCGAGUCACGGGUUGCAAUUUCAGAUCUGUUUUGUCA